GAUGAUAUUAAUCAAGCGUCACUCGCCUUCUCAGCAAGUCAGCGCUGCGAGCACGAGAGCAACAAACCCAAUCCUGGAUAGGCGAGAGGGGCAGUGCGCGAGCGCGGCGCGCAGGGAUAAUUCGCCGUGCGUCCACUGACAGAAGAGGAGCGAGUGCUUUUCAAACUGUCGGGAGGAAAAUGAAGCGUUAACCGCCGUUUAAAAAUGAAGAGGCUUUCUCGAAAGCUCACUUUAGCUCUCGCGGCGCUGUUUUGGAUAGCCGCUUUAUUGUAUUUCAUAUUGCUGAAUAGUCGGAAAAUACUACCUGACCAAAGAAACGAAGAACCGCAAGUGAAAGAGAUUUCAGAUGCUGAGUGGGAUGACCUGCUGGAAGAGUUUGAAGAGAAAAGCUACCUCAGCGCUCACAGAUGGAAGCCGGGCCAAGACCCCUACAGUCUGUAUGCCUUCAAUCAAAGAGAAAGUGAGAGAAUCCCAAGCAACAGAGCACUUAGAGACACGCGGCAUUAUAGGUGUACAACACUGCACUAUGAUCCUGACCUGCCACCCACCACCAUAGUGAUCACGUUUCACAAUGAGGCACGAUCCACCCUACUGCGCACAGUGAGGAGUGUGUUGAAUCGAACCCCUGUGCAUCUGAUUCAUGAGAUCAUACUGGUGGACGACUUCAGCGAAGAUCCAAAUGACUGCCUUCUUCUCACCAAGUUGCCCAAAGUAAAGUGUCUUCGCAAUAAACGCAGAGAAGGACUAAUCCGGUCCAGGGUUCGAGGGGCGGACGCUGCCGGUGCCAGGAUCCUGACUUUUUUGGACAGUCACUGUGAGGUCAAUAAAGACUGGCUGCCACCACUGCUGCAGAGGGUCAAAGAGGACUCAACCUGUGUCGCCAGCCCUGUGAUUGACAUCAUUAAUAUGGACACGUUUGCCUACGUUGCAGCUUCUUCAGACCUCCGAGGAGGCUUCGACUGGAGUCUACAUUUUAAAUGGGAGCAACUGUCUGCUGAGAAGCGAGCCAGGAGAGCUGACCCCACCGAGCCCAUUAAAACACCCAUCAUUGCUGGAGGACUGUUUGUUAUCGACAGAUCGUGGUUCAAUCACUUGGGAAAAUACGACACAGCCAUGGACAUCUGGGGAGGGGAGAACUUCGAGAUCUCUUUUAGAGUAUGGAUGUGUGGAGGAAGUCUGGAAAUUGUUCCCUGUAGCAGGGUCGGCCACGUCUUCCGCAAGAAACAUCCCUACAUCUUUCCAGAAGGCAAUGCCAACACAUACAUAAAGAACACCAGAAGGACGGCCGAGGUUUGGAUGGAUGAAUUCAAACUCUUCUACUACUCUGCUCGACCAGCUGCCAGGGGGAAAUCCUACGGAGACAUUCACGACAGGCAGGAGCUUCGUAAGAGCCUCGUAUGCAAAUCCUUCAAGUGGUAUCUGGACAACGUCUAUCCAGAGCUCAAAAUUCCAGAUGAUUCGGAUGCCAAGUCUGGUGCGAUUCGGCAGAGGCAGAAUUGCCUGGAAUCUCGUACCGUUGAGGGACAGGAUCUCCCCGUGCUCACGCUUGCACCCUGCACUGGCACCAAAGACUCACCAGCGGCCAAUCAGGAGUGGAUCUACACCCACGGACAGCAAAUCCGCCAGCAGCAACACUGUCUGUACGUCUCCACCACUUUCCCCGCCUCCCAGAUCCUGCUCGUACCCUGCAACAUCAGCGACGGCAAGCAGCGUUGGCAGAAAUCUGGCACUCACCUGGAGCACUUGGCAUCUCGUUUCUGCGUGGACAGCGAGAUGGCUCUGGACGGCAUUGAGAGCAGUAAAAUGCUGGUGAUCAGCCCGUGCGAGCUGUCAGCCCACACUCAGAGAUGGGAGAUGCCUUUCUCGUGAUUUUUCCUCCCUGACCUCGUCUCACCUCUCGGAGCUCAGCUGGAGUCAGAAGACACAUAGAAAGACAGAGAAAGAGAGAGAGAGAAAGAGCUCAGUGUGUACCUCCAGGAGGGGCGACAUCUGUGUCCUGCUGCUCUGCUGUGUUCUGCUCCCUUUGUCUCUUCAGCAUAUCACAGGAUCCCCUGAGUGUCAGUCAUACCGAUGUUCUCCAGAACAAAGAUUGGCAGUUGGACCCACAAAAACCUGAGGAACACACAUCAAGUGUGACACACUGAAGAACAACGCACAAACUUUUUACAAUUUCUUUUUACCUUCAGCCCCAAUACAAAGCACUUGUAUGAUCUGCUUGCACAUUAACAUACAAUAAAUGCCCUAUUUUUUCUUAA